CUGUCUGUCUCCCUGAGUCUCCACUCGAGCUUCAGCCUGCCUGUGGGCCUCAGCCUGGCUCCCCUCCCGAGUGUGACCCCUCUCUCGGGCACAGUGGCCGCCCCUCUGUGUUCCGUGGCCCCCCUCGGUCUCCUUCUUACUGUCACCUCUUUCCCCCAUGCUCUCGGGACCCAGUGCUACGGGCUCUGGCCCGCGGCCGGGCGCUCGUCACCCCGGCAGUGGUGACAGAAGUCCCCACCGCCCUGGAAGGCAACCCCCCACCAAGCUCGAGCCCGCCCCAGAAGGGCAAGUGAAGCUGCCCUCCCGCUCCAGCGUGGACAUCCCAGCUGGUGAGAAGGGGCACACCGCCAGCCCCCAGCUAUCCACGGAGGCCCCCGCCGACUCUCCGACAGAGGCCCAGCCCAGCCACUCCAACCUGGGCAAACCCCCCUCCCGUGCACCCCUAGGCCAGGCCCGGUCUCUGGCUGGGCCAGGCUCAGGGUCCCGGAACCAGGUGGCUUCCUGCUCUGCCACUGGCUCCCAGCUGCCCAGGAAGGCCCAGGGCCCGGCUCGGGGGCCAGGCAACCCGCCCAACCAGGCCCUGAAACGCCCUGGGGUCUCUGAUCAUCCUUCAGGGUCCUCCCCGCCAGCCACUUCCAACCAGGAGCCUGCAACCACCCAGCCUCCCAGCGGUGCCCCCAGCCCUGUUCAACGCCCCCGUGAGCCCGGGGACCCGGCCCCGAAAACCAGCAGGCAGCCUCAGGUGGAGGGGCCCGUGCAGCCGGCUGGCAGCUCCUCAGAGCCUGAGCAGAGUAGCCCCAGCCUCUCUGAGUCCUCACUGGACAUCGUGUCUGAGUCCACCACCAAGCUCACCUGCCACUGGCCAUGCUAUAGACCCCGGCUGCGGUGCCCUCGGCACUGCUGCCUGCUGGAGCACUUGGCCUGUUAGAGCCCCUUCUUCAUCUGGCCUGCCAGGCCCCCUAAAACACCGGGCCAGUGCGGAGUGCAAUAAAGUAACCGCCCAGA